UCAGCUAACACCAGUGCUCCCUCUGUACUUUAGUGACGGGCUGAUACUUCACAGUUGACAAAGAAAACACACGCUGAUACAUUUCUAACUUCGCGGGAAUAAACACGAAAACCGUCGCUUCAGUGGUUGAAUGCUGCGUUCACUGACACGACGCGGUUGGAAUGAGAAGACGCGCAAGAAAGUUUUUAUCAAGACGACUCGUUCAGGAUGCACUGGUUAUUGUUCCCCAAUAUAUUAGGACUGCUGGUUUGUUUCCACAGCUGUAACGUCAUAUCGGGCUACACAAUUGAAAUUACAAACCAGACGUACGAUGAGUCCUACUAUCAGUAUGUGCCUGAUCGCCUGCAGUGGAACAAUGCAGGGGAAUGGUGUAACCAGCGCUCUGGGGCCUUAGCUACUGCCUCCAACCCAGCAGAAGAGCAAAAGCUAACCAGCUUUUUAAAAUCCCUGAACAUCUCUGAGCCUGUGUGGAUCGCCAGGAAAGUCAUGACACGUCUGACAAGUUACUCAGAGACCCUGAUUCUGGAGUUCACCGGGCGGUCAGACAGGAAGCAUGCCCGCCUCCUGCACAAGUUUACCUCUAUGGACUCAGUGACCAUUUGUACCCAUCUCCGCCUCGAUCCAAAUUGCUUUGGAAUCUCCACCGUCUUUUCUUAUUCCAUCCAGUCAUAUAUUAAUGAGUUUCAGCUGCGCGUGAACCUGACCCGGGGCAGGCUCGUGCAGCUGGCUCUGCUGGUCCACGGCAAACAUGGGCCUUACCGAGAAGCCUUCGGCCACGAUGACUCCUGGCACUCGGUGUGCGUGUCUUGGAGCCAGGAUGGUGGACGCUGGUCACUAUUUACUGACGGUCUUGCGGUCUCUAGGGGUGAAGGCCUAAGUUCAAACAGCACUGGCCCCGAUGGCAUUUUCAUCAUCGGACAGGAGCAGGACACCUUUGGGGGUUCAUUUAAGAAGGAUGAGUCAUUCUCAGGGAGCAUCACAGAGCUGCACAUAUGGGAUCGGGUGCUGAACAGCAGUGAAAUCUACACCAUGGAAAAGCUGUGUUCACCCGUUUCCUCUGGGCUGGUGUUCAAGUGGAGUGGAGCAGCCAUGGAAAUAGAGCCCUCCCUUACGAAGCUGUGGAGAGACAGCCCAUGUCAAGGAAACUACACUGUGCUAGCAAAUUCGUUCAUGGAUUCCUUCUUGGAUGGAAGUUCUUUGCAGAAUCAGACAAUCUCCUUUGAGUUUUUCCACGGCCCGCAGGCUGAUGAGGAGUGUGGCGUUGUUGACCCUGUUGUUGGCAGCUGGGGCCAUACAAAGUGUGACUCACUCAGAGGGGCCGUCUGCCAGUUUAGAAAAGAUGUUCUGGAUGUUAUCAGUUUACCACAGACACCAUUCUUCAGUAGACUGAGCAACGAUCCCCUCACCAAACCUGUGAUGGUAGAGUUGAGUGUUAAUACCACCUCCGACAGAGAUUUAGCCUUGCUGCAGCAGCUGACCCAGGCUGUUCUGCAUACGGUGGAGGCCGGCGGCCCGAACCUCCUCACCUCCACUGAUGUCCUCUACCUCACCCAGAUGAUUGAGAAGGACCUGACUGCAAUGUAUAGCAGUCACCCUGCCGGAGCUGACGCAGCAGAAGUCAUGGUGUCCAUUGCUACCAACUACGUAAAGAUGGCGAGUUUGAUGCUGGAGCCACACAUGGCUUCACAGUGGAUGGGCCUGACGGAAGAUGGGGUCAGCGUGGGGCCGUUCACUGUUGUCCAGAGCAUCGACAGUCUCACUGAAACUCUUGCAGACAUGCUCUCUGCUGAGAGAAGGGGCUUCACUCUUUCUACCAAGAACAUAGAUGUGUACAUGAAGUGGCAGAAGUUAACUGAAGAAAGCUGUAGUCAAGUCUUCAAGCCGUCUGCGAUCGGCUCUCACACUGCCAGCAGCAGUGGUCAGGAUGAGUUGCUUAUCACUGACACUGAGCUCCAGAGGAUACACACACUGGGAUACGAGGAAGUGAUGUUUAUUCAUACCCACUACAGCCAUCUGAGUGAGAUUGUGUCUGGAGCACAGGAGAGUCCACUCAGUCACCAAGUGGAAGCAAAAAGAAGUCUCCCAGGUCAGCUGGCGUCUGUUGUCCUAUCAGCCACCGUCCGUGAUGCUUCCAAGGCCCGAACCGUCCCUGUGGCUGUCAAGUACACCCUUUCCUCAUCACAAGUGGUGGAGUAUUCACAGCGAGUUACUCCUGUUUGCGCUUUUUGGAAUUUCAGCUUGAUGCAUAAUCAUACUAAUAGCUGGUCCAGUGAUGGUUGCAGAGUGACCUUUGCUGGCUCUGGUGUUACUUCCUGUCUGUGCAACCACACCACCAACUUCGCAGUGCUGAUGAAUUACCUGGAGUCGAAGUGGAGUCCUGAGGAAGAGCUUAUUUUGACCAAGCUGACGUUCAUCGGCUCUGGCGCGUCUCUGUGUGCACUGGUGGUGACCUUGAUGCUGUUCACUGUGCUGGAUAUCCCCAAAUCCGACCGGACGUCCAUCCAUAAGAACCUGUUCAUUGCUCUGAUCUGUGCCCAGGUGAUUCUGCUCUGCAGUGGCUCAGCUAUUCACAACAAGGUGGCGUGCACACUUGUGGCCGCACUGCUCCACCUCUUCUUCAUGGCAGCAUUUAGCUGGAUGCUGGUGGAGGGUCUGCUGCUCUGGAGCAAGGUGGUCGCAGUCAACCUGAGCGAGGAUCGUCACAUGAAGUAUUACUAUCUCAUCGGCUGGGGUCUGCCGGUGCUGAUAGUCACCAUCACGCUGGCAUCAGCCUCGGGCAAAUACUCAGCCGACGGCUACUGUUGGCUCAGCGUUCAGAAUGGCAUCAUCUGGGGCUUUGCUGGGCCUGUCAUCUUCAUCAUCAUGGUCAAUAUCAUGGUUCUGACCAGGGUGGUGGUCAUCACCAUCUCCACAGCCAAGAGACGGUCCAUCAUGUUGGCCAUGGGCACCAGUCCUGUGGAUCAAGCCUAUGAGCAAAUCAGGGCUGCAGUGAAGGCAGUGUUGGUGCUGCUGCCCAUCCUCGGAUUGACGUGGCUGUGUGGUGUCUUGGUGCCUUUCUCCAUUGUCAUGGCCUACAUCUUCAUCCUCCUCAACUCUCUGCAGGGCCUGUUCAUCUUCCUGAUAUAUGGGGUGUACAACACAGAGGUUCGGAGCACGGUCAACAGGAUCAAGGAGAGGAGAAAAGCGCUUAAUUUUUCAAACUGCGCCAGUUCCCGACCAUCCAGCUCAGUUACCAGCUCGCGUCCUGUCAGUUUCCCACUAGGAACUACCCCAAGCCAGGAGGAGGAGGUCACCCCUACCUACACUUGUAGCAACACCUCCGGCCCGGUGAAGGAGGAGAAGACCAGAGGUCAGCUGUCCAUGCCGUGUGCUCCAGAGAGAGUAGAAAAUCCCUCGAGUCAAACCUCCAAAGGCACUCAUCUGCAUAGAAAGGAGCCUCCUGACUCAGAGAUGGAUGCCUUGCCGGCUGGUUGUAGUCUUCACGUUCCCAUGGAGCUGGAGUUCACAGCUUCCUGUUUCCCCCGCAGCCCUGCACCUGAGAAAAGCUACGGCCUCGUCUACGUUGACUGACCUGGCUGGCGACUGUGAUUGUAGUUUCAUAUUGUGAUUCGGUUUUUAAUCAGUCAGUGAAAUGUUUUCUUUGUGUUAUAGCUCCUUUUUCCUUAAAGGGACAGUUCACCCCAAAUCAAAAAUGCAUAUUUUUCCUCUUACCUUUAGUGCUAUUUAUCAGACUAGAU